AUGGUGAGAAGGAUUAGACUCUUCAAGACUCGACCAAGAGAGUCUUACCAGCCGAUCCGUCUCUUCGACGACGCCGUGAACAAGAAAAAACACUUCCCGAACAAUGUGAUGAGAACAACAAAGUACACUCUACUGUCGUUCCCACUCAAAUUUUUGUAUCAACAAUUCACUAUGGUCACUAACCUUUAUUUCCUUGCUAUCAUGAUUAUCUGUUGUAUUCCUUCCAUCUCAACAGUCACGCCAAUAACAUCUAUUGUGCCUUUAAUAUUUGUGUUGCUUGUCGCUGCCGUGAAAGAAAUCUACGAAGACUCGAGGAGAAGACUUGCGGAUCGGAAAUUUAAUCAAUCAAAAUUUGUUAAACAUACCCCCGAUGGAGAUGUCGAUGUGACAUCAAGUGACAUCAAAACAGGCAUGUUCAUCAAGUUGAGGCACAACGAAAUUGUACCAGCGGACUGCAUCCCAUUGUUUUCGUCAAAUGAAGAGGGCAUUGUGUAUGUUGAAACAGCAGCGAUUGAUGGUGAAACAAACUUAAAGCAGAUCCUAGUACCUGGCUAUUUUAUUGGAACUCCAAUCGAAAAGACCUUUUCUAAUUCGGGUGACUUGAUUUGCGAGUACCCACAACCACGCUUUGACCAAUUCAAGGCAUCGCUCUCAAUUGGAGAGAACAAAAUUUCAAUCAACGAAAAGAAUUUGUUGAUUCAAGGAACAAAAAUCAAAAACACGGAAAUUGUGUACGCUGUUGUGUGCUAUUGCGGAGAACACACAAAGUUGUCGUUGAACCAAACGCCGCCACAGGUCAAGAAAUCAAGAAUCGACAAAAAAUUCAACAUUUUUGUAUUUGUGAUGAUUGUCGUUCAGACUGUGAUUUGUUUGGUACUAGCACUUGUUGCGGGGUUUCGGCACUCAACGUUAAACGAUGCACAGAACGGGUUUUGGUACCUUCCCAAAGACUCGGAGUCUCCUUUUUAUUAUGGCUUUAAAAAGUUCUUUGGGUACUUUACACUCAUUUCGUACAUCAUUCCAAUUUCAUGCCAAGUCUCCCUCGAACUUUGUAAAUUCUUGCAGGGACUUUUUAUCGAGCACGACGAUGAUAUGAAAAUAAGAACAAUUAGUCCGGAGGGAGAAGAACAGGUCCUUGGAAUGAACGCAAAGUCAACAAACUUGAACGAUGAACUUGGGAUGGUCAGGUAUGUGUUGUCUGAUAAAACUGGAACGUUGACCGAAAACAUAAUGAAAUUCAAAGCGUGCAGCGUUGGAAAGGGGUCAUAUGGAUACAAAGAUUUGAUUGAACUGCUUCGGAUUGUUCGGCAAGUGGAGACUGAAAGUGUUGGUUCGGAAUGUUCUGAAGAAAACGCUGAAGAAUCCGACAAUGGAACAUUGGUGGUUGAGACGUUGAAAGUUUCUUCCCUCCCCAAAACAGAUUUCACAUCAGAACAAUGUGAAAAAGUAGUUUCAUUUAUCACGUGCAUGGCCAUAUGCAACACCGUCUCUGUAAACAAUGGUACAUAUUCGGCGCAAAGCCCAGACGAAGAGGCGUUGUGUAAAGCUGCAAAGGACUUUGGCAUUGAAUUGGUUUCUCGAAACCAAAAGACGGUCACUUUGAAUGUGUUUGGCACAUUACAUAUAUAUUCAAUUCUCGCUGUUUUCGAAUUCAACUCGGAUAGAAAAAGAAUGAGUACACUGGUUCGUAAAGAUGAUGGAACAAUUGAAUUGUGGACAAAAGGAGCGGACAAUGUGAUGGAUCAACUUUGUGAAGGAGACAAGUCAAGCCUUUCCCAAAUUGUGAAGUUCAGCGAGUGUGGGUUAAGAACUUUGGUGUUGGCCAAACGAGUUGUUUCAGACUCCGAGUUUGCUCCGUGGUACGAAAGGUACGAUGAUGCCACAAACAUUUUGGAAGGAAGAGACGACGCCAUCAAUCAACUCCAAAACGAGAUGGAAUGCAAACUCGAAAUUGUCGGGGUGAGCGCAAUCGAAGACAAACUUCAGGACGGUGUUUGUGAGACCAUCGACAUGUUAAUUCGUGCUGGAAUUAAAAUAUUCAUGAUUACUGGUGACAAGAUGGAGACUGCAAUCAACAUUGGCAAGUCUUGCAAAUUGAUCACCGGUAAAUACUUUACAAUCGCCGAACAAACGGCGGAAGAGUGUUCCAAAAAGUUGGACGAAAUACUUGGGGCAAUCGAUGCAGAUUCGGGUGAAAACUGCACACUUGUGAUUACAGAGAAAAACAACGAUUGGUGUCUUACGACGUAUCGCAACAAAUUCAAAAAGUUGGUUAAAUUAGUCGACUCGGUUGUUUGUUGCCGUGUCACGCCAAAAGAAAAGGCGGAAAUCACAAAAUGUGUAAAGAAAAUGACAGGAGAAGUCGUGUUAACAAUAGGCGAUGGUGCUAAUGAUGUUCCGAUGAUAAACACUGGAAGUGUUGGGGUGGGGAUUUAUGGCAAAGAGGGAACACAAGCCGCACGUGCGUCAGAUUUUGCAAUUCGGAAAUUUAGACAUUUAGGCAAACUCAUCUUGUUCCACGGAAGGUGUUCGCUUCUCAGAAAUUCCGAACUCAUCAAGUUGUGCUUUUUCAAGAAUGCGGCGUUCUUCCUGAUCAUGCUCUCAUAUUCGUUUUUGUCCAAUUGCACCGCGCAAGUGGUGUAUGAUGAUUACGUCAUGACUUUUUUCAACAUUUUAUUCACACAAAUUCAGCCGAUUUUGAUCGGAGUUUUCGACAGAGACCUGACGUGGCAAACAAUUAGGGUGUUUCCUGAAAUUAACCGAGACCUUAUUGAUGGGCAUAGAGGGAGUGUCUGGAACUUUGUUUUGUGGUGGUUCUAUGGUGCGUAUCAAUCGCUUAUUUUCUUCUUGGUGUUUUACUGGAUUAUUCUUCCAACGGAUGUUAAUGGGCCAAAUGGCAUUAACGGAGGCAUGAUAUACACAUCUCUAAGUAUCACAAUUUACUCCUUACUCACUGUAAUUGUCACUAUUAUCAUCGAAACAAAAACAUGGAACGGCAUUUUAUUCGCUGGCCACGUCGUUUCUUUGAUUUGUAUAAUUGUAAUAUACACCCUGACGUGCUACAUUCCUGGAUACUCCACAUACAACAUCUCAUGGCACGGGUAUUACCUUGUCUUCCGGUCGUUCGACUUUUACUUGGUGUGUCUUCUUGUUGUGAUGUUAUCUGUCACCCCGCUCAUUCUCAGGAAAUUCAUUCAACGUCGGUUCUUCCCAUCUUUGUACCACCUUGCGCAAGAAAUGGAAAACGUAAAAGGGUUGAAUAACUACGGGCAGUGCCGCAAUAUACCCGUGGAAGGGAGUUCUGAAGUUAAGGAGUUGCUAGAAAGUUGCACUCCUGCGAUUCCCAAGAACUUGUCUCUUCUCAUCACUAAAAGUCGUUUCCCCUCCGAGGUGGAAAUGUCGAUUGAGCCCGAUGAAAACCAAACGUCGCAGGUCUAG